AUGCGAUCAGGACCACCAGCUGGGGUUUCCUUGGUGUGCGAAGCGAUAAGUGACCUUCUGCGUCGCAUCAGCGUCACGCGCUUCCAAAACGACGUGCUGCUUGUAGCAGGCGACGUCGCGGAUUCACUUCCGGCCAUUCGGGAGACUCUCAGGUUCCUGAAGGAGCGAUUUGGCCGCGUGUUCUACGUGCCAGGUGCUACAGGCAACCACUGCCUGUGGCUCCGCCCCAACCUAGAGGAGGACUCCUUCCCGGACUCCUUCUGCAAGCUGUGGGCUCUGUUGGCGGAAUGUGACGAGCUGGGGGUCGAGACAGUGGCGGCGGAGGUGGCCCCAGGCGUGGUGGUGGUGCCGCUGCUGUCCUGGUACAGCGCCACCUUCGACACAGCCGACCCGCGUCCUGGCCGGUACCAGUUUGACAGCUGGUGUCGCUGGCCUGUGCGUGACCUGGACUUGUGGCAAGUCAUGCUGCGUCUCAAUGAUGUGAGCCUCGCCGCGGUGGGGCGUUGGCAGCAAUAUAAGCUGCAACAGCAACAACAAAAAGCGGAGUAUCAAGGUCCAUUACCACCACCACCAGCACCACAACAACGACAACAGCAGCAGCAAGGGGAGAGUGGCCCCGUGGAUGCCGGGGGAGCAGUGACUGUGCAGAGUAACCUGCCACAAGCCUUGGCGAAACCUGGGCGCAGCGGCCAAGGGGGUGCUAAUGUUGGUCUUGGGCAGCCGAUGCAGCCGUCGCCAUUGCCAGCAUUGCUGGCAAGCAACAGCAGCACCGUCAUCACCAUGACACAUUUCCUGCCUCAUCCAAAGCUGCCCUUCCCGCGUUUCGUCCCGGAGAUGGCGAAGGCG